UAAAGAGCCCCGUCGGGGAACCCUGCACAAAAGCGAGACGAGAAGGCGGCAAGAGUGGGUGGCUGGAGAGCCGAGCGAUCCAGAGAGCCCAGGACAAAGCGGGCAGAGAGAAAAGGCGAUCGGCUCAAGAAAAAGCCCAAAUCCAGAGCAGCAAACUUUUUUCUUAUCCUUGUUUCCCUUGGAAAAGGCGUCGUCGUCGGAGGCGACCCGAGGCCAGGAGACGGGAUGGCUUCGGCCGCGGUGCAGAUCCUGGGCUUGACGCUCAGCGUGCUGGGCUGGGCGGGGGCGAUCCUGGUGGCGGGCCUGCCCAUGUGGCAGGUGUCGGCCUUCAUCGACAGCAACAUCGUGGUGGCGCAGACCACCUGGGAGGGCCUGUGGAUGGUCUGCGUGGUGCAGAGCACAGGGCAGAUGCAGUGCAAGGUCUACGACUCCAUCCUGGCCCUCAAGCCGGAGAUGCAAGCCGGCCGGACCCUGAUGGUCAUCGGGGCGCUGCUGGGCCUGGUGGCGCUGAUGGUGACGGUGGUGGGCGCCCAGUGCACCAACUGCGUCCGCGCCAGUAAAGCCAAGGACUGGAUCGCCCUGGUCGGCGGCGCCCUCUUCGUCGUCUGCGGCCUCCUGGUCCUCGUCCCGCCCUGCUGGUUCGCCAACAUCAUCAUCAGCAACUUCUACGACCCCAGCGUGCAGCCCUCGCAGAAGCGGGAGAUGGGCGCCGCCCUUUACAUCGGCUGGGCUGCCGCCGCCCUCUUGCUCCUGGGCGGCUCGCUCAUCUGCUGCUCCUGUGCCCGGAAAGACGAGGGCUCCGCUUUCCCGGUCAAGUACUCGGCCCCCCGGCGGCCCGCCGCCGCCGCCGCCACUUCCAACGGCGAGUACGACAAGAAGAACUACGUCUGAGCUGGCCCUCCCGGUGGGCACUUCGACGGCUGCGGCUACAGCUGCCUCUGGACGCAGAGACUUUGCAGGGAGGAGAAUUAUGGGGGGGGGGGACAGGCGCAUGCCAAGCCGUGGGGGGAGAGGAGACGGCGCUGUCUUGGCAUCCGUCGAGCUUCGGUGUGGCGCCUGGCUUGGCUGAAGAUCAGCGCUCUCUCCUUCCCCUUUUAACUGCUCUUGUGGCUUUAAGAGACUCUGCAUCCAGGAACUCUUCAUUGCAUUUAAGACUUGUUUUUUUUUAUCCCGACUGGUGAAAUGAUUAGUGACCUUGCUUCUUAACUGGAAGCUUGGGGGAAAUCACACACACGCGUCUUCUUCUAAAUUAUAUGUAAAUGGAGGGUUUGCGCUCUAACUUAACAAAAAAAAAAGGUGGAUGGCCAAAGCAGAUGUUGUAAAUAUAAGAUACCUGGAAGGGGGUUGUUGGGGAGGGGGAUUGCCUUGCUUUGUAAUGUUCCAAAUGAUUUGUUUAGCCAUUAAUUGAAAUUUGAGCUCUAUUGGUAAAGAUGACAAGGUGGUUUCAAGUGGUGCACUUCAUUUGAUUGGGAAGAUGUACCUGUUAGAUCUUUUUAAGUGUUUUUUUUAAGCUUCCUGUCCUUGAGUUUGCAUGUUUGUGGAGUAAAAGUGGAGUAUGGCUGCAAUCCCAGUGGGGCCAGAUCUGAAGUCAAUGGGAUUGUAAGCGGCUUGUGGGACAUAGCCUCCCUGUGAUCAACUGCAGGGUGCUCAUAGGGUAAGAAUUCCUCCUUGCAUGUUUGCCUUAAAAGUGUUGUUUUUUUUAAGUGUAUGACUAUUAAUAUUAAGCUGUGUGAUAAGGAGGAUUUCAGAUGGGAGUAUUAUUUUUUAAUGACCGUGUCAGUAUUUUUUUGCCCCAAAAUGAAAUCCACCCCAGUUCUAAAAACUGGGUGAGUAAAUCGAUUUGUCAAAGUUUUGAUUCCAAAUUAUUAGUUUUGGCAUGGCACUCUUAAAGUGCCAUCCUUGCUCUUCCAUAAGCUUUGUUCAUCUCAGUGGGGUUGGGACAGGAGACAAUGUUGGUACUGAAUUUUACCCUGUUGUACCCUAACUUAAUCCUUAGUCAUGAACAGUAUUUUCCAAGCAAAGACCUUUGACAGUUUUAUAUAUCUGUUUAUUUAUAUAAAUAUUACAACCUGCAUGCCUUUUUUUCCUUCAUUUUUAAGAAAAAAAAAGUAAAGAAAACUGAUUUGCUCAGGUAGCAAGUUUAACCAAGUGUCCUUAAACUUGAUUUUGUUUUACUUUUUACUCUUUUCUGCAGCUUUGGGGAUCUGUAUCUGCACAGCAGUGCCUGGUCUGCUUUCUUUAGUUCUGUAAAGAAACAGCAGCUGGUAGCAUUUUAAAGACUUGGUAGCUGUUUUCAGGUGGGAUUCAAUCACAAAACGGAUGAAUUCAGGUUGUCCAAUCGGAGCUUAUUGGGAGUUUUUUUUACAAGAAACCCCACUUCCCCAAAAGAUCAGACUUUUUGGGAUAAGGAAAUUGAUGGGCUGGAAUGGGUGGAAUAAUAUUUGCUUUGACGCAAUAUGCUUUAACUCACCCACAACUAAAUCAGGAUGAAUGCUUAAUAAACCAGUCAAUUGGAA